AGUCAGGCGGUAUUGCUCGCGUCUGAUGUAGGUUCUUGUGCCUCGAACAGACGUCGCGUAUUUCAGAGCAGAGCAGAGGUUUUUGUUGUGUUGUGUUGUGUAUAUUGCCCAAUCACCCCUGGCCAGGGAUUGCAUGCAGCUGCACUCGAGAUUGAUAUUUGGGACCACCUUCGACCGAUGUCGAAAUCUGUACGCUAAGCUGUUAAUUAAAAGACAUGAUUCAAGGAAGGUGACUGUAACAAUUUGUUCCUUAAGACGCUUCGAAACCAUCCAGAAUUAAUCAAUAGUAGCUUUGAAAAGUACAAAACAUCACAAUGUGUUCAUGUUCCGAUAUGCAGAAGCGAUUCGUCGCUUUCGGUUGCUCGGCAUUUCUGAUACUGUUCGCCGUUAUACUGGGGACACUUUGGCCGACAAUGUCUUCCAAGAUGUUGAAAGAAAAAUUGGUGAUUAAAAAUGGGUCAGUCAACUAUCAAAACUGGAUUCGAACACCGAUUCCGAUGUAUCUGGAAAUUUAUCUGUUCAACUGGACCAACCCAGACGAUUUACAUCUGUACCCAACGGUGAAGCCUCACUUUCAGGAACUGGGACCGUAUGUGUUCCGGGAAGUUCAUGAACGCACAAAACUAAUCUGGAACAGCAAUAACACAGUAACAUUCAAUCAGAGGCGCUUUUGGAACUUCGAACCGGAUCGAUCAAACGGAUCGCUGAAUGAUACCGUGACGAAUUUGAACGUUGUUUCACUGAACACAGCUUACUUUCUGAGAGAUGCAGGUAAAGUGGAGAAGUUUGCAGCUGACUUCGUUCUGGAACUGGACGGUUCCCUUAUGUGGCGAGAUAAGAAAGUCAGUGACUUGUUAUUCGAUGGAUUCGACGAUACCCUGUUGGACGUGUUGAAAACACUGAACCAGUCGGUGAAAGUUCCGUUUGAUAAAUUUGGAUGGUUUGUUGAGCGUAACAUGAGUGAAACUUAUGAUGGAGUAUUUACAAUGAAAACAGGAGAAGAUUCACUCGAGAAUACUGGGGAAAUUACGCUCUGGAAUGGUGCGAGUAGCACCGGAAUGUAUCGCGGCGAAUGCGGUCUUGUUCACGGAACAAGUGGGGAAUUGUGGCCGGUUAGCUACACUAACAAAACGAACGUAACAAUUUUUGCGUCUGACGUAUGUCGAUCGUUGAACUUGAAAUACGCAGAACAGAUAGUUGUACAUGAUCUGGAAGGUACGAAAUAUGUCGGUGACGACAGUUUGUUCGAUAACGGAGUAAAAUAUCCGGAAGCGGAAUGUUGGUGCAAUUCUGCACCGGAAAAGUGCCAUGACUUGAAACCUGGCGUAUUCAACGCUUCGGCCUGUAAAUUUGGAUCCCCAACGUUUGUGUCGUUUCCUCAUUUCUACCUCGCCGAUCCGAGCUAUAUCAAUUCUAUCGAGGGAAUGAAGCCCAACAAAACCAAACACGAAUUUUACGUGGGUAUUGAACCACACACUGGAAUUCCUCUAGAUGUACGGGCUCGAUUGCAAAUCAAUAUGCAAUUGCAACCAGUCAAAGGUUUUAAAAUGUAUGAAAAAGUUCCUCCGUUAAUGGUCCCAAUGCUUUGGUUCACACAGAGAGCAACUCUAACUCCCGAGCUAGCCGAUCAAGCUAAGUUGGCACUGAUGCUGCCGGGUCUCGGAAUCUACAUUGCCAUCUUUUUCGGAACCAUCGGAAUCAUCAUGGUCGGAGUGUUCUCGUACGUCAGCAUCCGCAAAUGGACCAAUCAGGUACCGUACGAGGAACUGCUGCGGUGAAACUCAAUCGAAUGUGCCCGGGAAGCGGAGUGGGAAGAUCACGCAUAGAGCAUAUGUAUGUGUCUUUCCUAAUUGCGGAUUCCGGUCAAAUAUGCUGUAACAAGAACCACACCAUUAGGGGUUCAAUGUGCCUUAUGGGGACAUUUUUAUGAUUCCAAAUCAAUAAAACGGUGAUGCUUUUAUUAUAGAAAAAAAUUCCAAAGCGAAAGGGGCAUGGGCUUUCUUUUUAGUUUAUAAUAGGCGAGAAGCAAUAAAAAAAUCACAAGUGAAGUAGCUUUAAUGAUCAAUGAUUUUAUUUUUGUAGUAGCAAUCAGAUAAUCAGUUAAAAAUUUGAGUGCCAAACGACUGCAACACAAAUGUGUAUAUAAUCUGUACAGAAAAUAUAGUCAAAUGAAAUUUGAA